GACUAAUGAGUUCGUUUUGUUUUUCCUCCGACGAAUGUUCACAGUUUCCACAUGCACAGUUUGGGUGGAGCCAAGUGCUGUUCUUGAUCAAGGGUUUUUGAGAUUGCUAUGUGUACCUGCUGGACGCGAAGGCGCUCCAACUUUGACGAUGGUUUUUCCCCCAACGAAGUACUGUUCAGCAUUCAGCAGUACAAUUCAUGCGUCAACGAGGACUCUCACUCAUUGUUUCUUCGCAAACUUGGUUUCUUAAAGGAAAAAUCCUUUCUCAGUUGCUCUCACCAUGGCGGAGAGAACAGGCCUCUGGAACACCACUCUGACUUUGAGUCAGUUUCAAGAUCUGUCUCCGGAAAAAGAUUUCCUCACACCUUUGAUCAAUUUCAACUUCCCCACUCAGAUUGUUCUGCUCAUCUUUCAAUUCCUCACUCCGAUUUCUGUCGUCCUAAAUGUCUUUGUUCUGGUGUCUUGUGGAACGAUCCUGUUUUCGGGUCGGAGCGACCGACCCGCUUUGCUCUUCAUCGGGUACAAUUCUGCCGUGGAUCUUUUUACCAUCGUGGCGGAUGCCAUUGUUCUGACGGGGGCGGUGAAUCCAAGCUUAGCGGGAUUGACCCAGGAAGACCUACCCUCUCAAUCGGAACUCACAGCCAGAUGUAUGAUCGAAAAGGCUUUGGUCACGUUCACCAUGUUUUCGUCGCUUGGAUCUGUCCUUCUUCUCACCAUUGACCGGUAUUUGUUCAUCUCCAAGCCAUUGAAGUAUAACACCAUGAUGACUCUUCCUCGGGCCGCGAUUCUUGUGAUUGUCUCAAUUGGUGCGGCCUUAAUUGGUGCCUUGGUGUACUCGUUUUCCGUGUUUCUACCAUGGGACGACGUGUGCACUUUCACCCAUGUGCUUCCCUUGGGAAUGGUCAUCUUUUGGAACGCAUUCUUCUUCAUCACAUGGUUCGCCAUGCACGGGAUGUACAUCGUCAUAUUGGCCAUAGCUCUUCGACACAAACGGGAAAUGGAGAAAAUCAAGACUCGUUACAGUCGGGACAACUCGAUCGCGUCGCUCAAAACGGUUGUGUCCGUUCCAAUCUCUCUCGGCGAAAACCGCUUCAAGACGGUCUCAAGGCAACACUUGAGCUCGGUGUCCUUAUUUAAAGACAACAAACGCUUCAAGAACACAAUGAAAACCAUUCGAUACGUGGUGAUAAUCUUAUUCAUUUACUCCUUGGUUGAGUUGCCGUGUGUCAGUGUGGCCAUCGACGAUAUCAUCUCUCAUGUCUCCCGUUCGUUCGACACCGAGAUUAUGGUUGGAUAUAGAGCGUGCAAACAUUCUCACAAUGAGUCCAUGGUUAUUGGCCUUAACGAGUCUUGGGUUCACACCCGGGUGACUCUUCUCCAUUGCUACCAUCGAUUCAUGGCUGGUCACGAGAGCUGUGUCUUGGUAACGCCCAUGCCUUUGGAGGAGGCUCCCAUUUGUCAGAUGUUAGCAGAGACCAGUCAUGCGCUUCAUUUGACCAAAAUAUUUACCAUGUCUUUGUUGGGAUGGAUUCUCAACUCGUUAGCCGACCCAAUUGUGUAUGCCUUUUGGUACCCCGUAUUUCGGAGGAAUCUGUAUAAGAUCGCCGUGCGUGCCCGUGACAAUCUCUCCCAUCGUACAUCCAAUAGCUUUACCCCGAGCACCAAAACACCUAACUACAAUACAAAUCACAACAAUAGCAACGACAAAAACAGCAAUCUUCCACAGCAAGUAACUAAUAAUAGAAUAUUCAUCAUUUCUUGAACAAAAUGGCUCCUGGUAACGCCAAACGCAUUAAACAACCUCUAUCUACUCAUUCAUCCAGAAAUCCUGCUCCUAGGCUAUCAAAAUCGCCAAGGUGAAGAAUUCGACACUUUCGAGCAUUUUAUAACUAAUCUACCAUUCGUAAACCUAGGUAUUAAGAGCUCCUCUUCAUGAAUCAUGGGCUGGGGAAGAGGGGAUCAUCCUUGUUCAAUGUUGAUGAUUCAGAAUGUCAAUAAUUGUCUGUAAAUACACCAUGUAUAAUAAAUAGCCUUUUGACUUGAAUAUAUAUGUCUUGGUUUUACAUAAAC